AUGUUUUGGUAUUUAUUUGGUAUUACAAGCUAUUUUCCACGGUUUGGUAUUUCAACAUCUUUUGGGGGUUUGGUAUUUCAAGCUAUUGGAUGGCUAGAACCACUUCUUGCACGAAUAAAAAAAGAUCCAACAACUGUAGUUUGUCCAGUUAUUGAUGUAAUAGAUGAUAAUACAUUUGAAUAUCAUUAUUCUAAAGCGUUCUUUACUAAUGUUGGAGGUUUUGAUUGGUCCUUGCAAUUUAAUUGGCAUCCUAUUCCUGAAAGAGACCGCAAAAAUCGACGAAAUAUUGAUCCUGUUCGUUCUCCAACAAUGGCUGGAGGAUUGUUUUCUAUUGAUCGAGCUUAUUUUGAAAAACUUGGAACUUAUGAUGAUGGUUUUGAUAUUUGGGGUGGUGAAAAUUUGGAACUUUCUUUUAAGAUUUGGAUGUGUGGUGGACGUCUUGAAAUUGUUCCAUGUUCACAUGUUGGACACAUUUUUAGAAAACGAUCACCUUAUAAAUGGAGAACGGGAGUAAAUGUCCUUAAAAGAAAUUCUAUAAGAUUGGCAGAAGUUUGGUUAGAUGAAUAUAAAGAAUAUUAUUAUGAAAGGAUUAAUAAUCAAUUGGGUGAUUUUGGAGAUAUUUCUAGUCGGAAACAACUUAGAGAGAAAUUACAAUGUAAAACAUUCAAAUGGUAUUUGGACAACAUUUUCCCAGAAUUAUUUAUUCCUGGUGAAGCUAUUGCCAAAGGAGAGGUUCGAAAUGCCGCAAUAGAAAACAAUGCGCGUUGCCUCGAUUGUGCGAUAGGAAGACACGAGAAGGACAAGCCAAUAAAUUUAUGGCCUUGUCAUAAUCAAGGCGGGAAUCAAGUUCGGUGUGCUGGAGGAGGUUCAAAAAUAUGUCUCGAUUGGGCAAAUAAAAGACGACAUACUCGAAAAUUGGGACUUUAUUGGUGUCAUAAUCAAGGGGGAAAUCAGUAUUGGAUGCUAAGUAAAGAUGGAGAAAUUCGUAGAGACGAGUCUUGUAUUGAUUAUGCUGGAAAGGAUGUUAUCAUCUUUCCUUGUCAUAGCAUGAAAGGAAAUCAAGAAUGGCGCUACGAUCAUGAUAAACAUCAAUUAUUGCAUGUAGUUUCUGGAAAAUGUUUGGAAAUGGGAAAAGAUGCAAGUAAAUUGUUAAUGAAUAAUUGUGACACUUCCAAUCUUUAUCAACAUUGGACUUUUAAGGAAUACAAAGGGGAGGCUAAAAAUAAUAAGGGGCUUUGA